GGCUAAAGGUAUGUGACAUAAGUGAUGUCUUAAGAAACGAAAGUUAUGGAAGACAGUGGAUUAAAGUGUGAAAAUGGAUAAUCAAUACCUGAAGCACUUUUCAGUUCUGGCCGCUAUGUUAAUCAAUUAUUUUCUCAUUCUCUGAAGAGUAUAACAACUUAUCAAUUUGCCAGUAUCCCAGCCAAAAAAUUGCUAUGAUUAGAAAAACAGAAAUGGAGAUCAAGAUAAUGAACAGGAAGAAUGACUAGGGACUAUGAUAUAAAACUCUCACAAGAGGGAGUAAAUAUGAAGGUCAUGAAGCUCAAUUGCUCUUUGUGGCAGGACAACAGCAUGUCUGUCAAACAAUUUGCAUUUACCAAAUUCUCUGAGGUCACUGAACAAUGUUUCCUUUUAUUUACCCUCAUCCUACUCAUGUUCCUAGCAUCACUCACAGGCAAUGCUCUCAUAGCCCUUGCCAUCUGGACCAACCCAGUUCUCCAUACACCUAUGUACUUCUUCCUGGCCAACUUGUCUCUCUUGGAGAUUGGCUACACUUGUUCCGUCAUACCCAAAAUGCUGCAGAGCCUCGUGAGUGAGGCCCGAGGAAUCUCUCGGGAGGGGUGUGCUACACAGAUGUUUUUCUUUACGUUCUUUGCUAUCAGUGAGUGCUGUCUUUUGGCAGCCAUGGCUUAUGACCGCUAUAUGGCCAUAUGCUCCCCACUUCACUAUGCAACACGAAUGAGUCGUGGAGUGUGUGCCCAGUUGGCAAUGAUUUCUUGGGGAGUGGGAUGCACGGUAGGCCUUGGCCAGACCAACUAUAUAUUCUCCCUGGACUUCUGUGGCCCUUGUGAAAUAGACCACUUCUUCUGUGACCUCCCUCCUAUCCUGGCACUUGCUUGUGGGGAUACAUCCCAUAAUGAGGCUGCAGUCUUUGUGGUGGCCAUCCUUUGCAUUUCCAGCCCAUUUUUACUGAUCAUUGCUUCCUAUGGCAGAAUUCUAGCAGCUGUGCUGAUCAUGCCGUCACCUGAGGGCCGCCAGAAAGCCCUUUCCACCUGUUCUUCCCACCUACUUGUAGUAACACUCUUCUAUGGCUCAGGAUCUGUCACCUACUUGAGGCCCAAGGCUAGCCAUUCACCAGGAACAGAUAAACUCCUAGCCCUCUUCUAUACAGUGGUCACAUCCAUGCUCAACCCCAUCAUCUAUAGUUUGCGGAACAAAGAAGUCAAGGCAGCUCUCCAAAGAAUUCUGUGGGAGAAAAAGGUUCUGACUCAUGAGUAGAUCCUAGAGGGUCGUGCAAAUCUGCUCUUUGGAAAAGAUGCACCCGCAACUCAAGUGUAAAAAAAGAAAGAAGAAAAAACUGUGCUCUUCAAUCUGUUUUGUAAAGACCUUUCAUACAAGUGAUUGUAGUUUUGGGGACAUCUCUGUAUCCAGAGUUAAAGUUCUGAUUGCCAAAUUCUGGAAAGAGGUUGGUUAUGAAAUAAUUUUAUAGGUGAUUCCAACACUAGACAGGUUUUCCCUAAUAUUUUAGUCUAGGCUUAGAGUAUAAAUUGUUGGAUUAUACCUCAGAAGCCUGCCAAAUCCUGACUCUAUAGUCUUAGGAAUUUUCUAACCCCUGAAGGGCCCAUCUGACUUCUGCCCCGGUCACUGAGGGGAGUGUUCCCACAUACAUUUGUCCCACAUGACUCUUAUGUUC